UGUCAUGUCCUUGUGUCCGCACGACUUUCUUUUCCUGCUGCUUUUCUAUUCUCCUCUCCACCUUGCUGACGUGCUACAGGUAAACUCUGCGGGGAUUUUGAUCGUCUCCGAACCUGCAGAACCGUCCGCACAGAAAGCGAAAGUCAGCGAGCGGACGGACGCACCUGCGCUCGGCCACAGUUGGAUGUUUUUCGACAGGACGAGAUGUCAGACAUGACGGAUGAUGCUCCUGGUGGAAACCCCUUCGAGGACAACGUGGCGGACGAUGGGCCCGGUGGAAACCCCUUCGAGGACAACGUAGUGGAUGAUUCGCCCGACGGAAACCCCUUCAAGGACAACGUGGCGGACGAUGGGCCCGGUGGAAACCCCUUUGAGGACAACGUGGCGGAUGAUGGUCCUGGUGGAAACCCCUUUGAGGACAACGUGACGGAUGAUGCUCCUGGUGGAAACCCCUUCGAUGACAAUGAGGCAGACGAUGGGCCCGGUGGAAACCCCGUCGAGGACAACGUGUCCCUCAAGAGCAAUGGGAAGACGUCGACCAAUGGUGACGUCAAGAAGAAGCAGCCUGGAAUCCUGAAGAGUUUCAGGAGUAGCAUCCGACGAGUUGCAGCAAAGAGUCAGAUCUCACCCCGAGUCAAAGGGCCGAAGGGGACGCCUAAAAAGGACGCAACGGGCAAAGAAGUCGCCUCCUCGCCACCACCUCCGUCACCCAGUCUGAGCUCCGGCUCUCCGGUCACCUCUCCUCUGAAGAACAUCGGCACCCUGUUCCAGAGGAAAGAGGAAGAUGAGAACGAGAAACAGAAGACGCUGCCACGUUCAAAGACAGAUCCCAACAUGUCCAGACUCGGAGACUCCUUCCUGAGAAAAGGGGAAAAGCUCCGUCAAAGCCUGAGACUCACCUCCAAGAAGGACAACGAUAAAGCCUCGAAACAGAAGCCACUGGGGCUGGUUCCUGAAGGUUCGCUGGCGGAGAAGAAGGAGAAAGAAGAAGAAGAAGAGGAGGAGGCGAAAGAGGAGAUGGAGGAGACGUACGAGCUGCCAGAGAUACCUCACGCACCGCUGUCAGUGAUGCAGAUCAAUAAGCUGAUAGAGAUGGAGGUUCUGGAGGAGGCUCACCUGAACCUGCUGUCCCUGCGGCAGGAGUUCCAGCAGGAGCAGCAGCAGUACGCUGAGGAUUUGUCUGUGGAGCUGGCCAAGAAGGAGAAAGACCUCAACCUCCUCUACGGAGAGCUGAGGAAGAAGAUCUGCCACAUCGUGCGCGACUCCAACUCCCUUCCCUCCAGAAACAAGGCACUGCUGGUUCCGGUGGCUCGCAUCAUCCAAGAGGAGGAUAGGAGGGCCGAGGAUAGGAGGGCCGAGGAGCCGGGAAGGCUGCCGGACACCUGGAUGGAGGCCUGGAGGGAGGCGGUGGGCGAGGGCGUGAAGGCCAAGGUGCAGAGCGUUCACCUGGAGAAGAGGGAGCAGAACGCCUCCUGGCUGGCCGUCCACUUGGGGCUGCUGGGUAAAACCAUCGUGGAGGAUCUGGAGAACGUGAAGAAGGAGCUGCGCUGGUCCUACCCGCCCAGCUUUAAGGUCUUCAGCACCUAUGUGAGGAGUUAUCACCAAGUGGUCGGGCAGCACCUGAAGAAGCUGGAGAUUCAGGUGACGGAGCUAAAGGACCUGUACGCUCUGCUGGACUGGAUCAUCAACAGAUACAAGAGCGAGAGGAUCAUGGGAAGUCUGUCGCUGCAGCCCGACAUGCAGGCGGAGAGCAGCGACGUGCAGCUGGAGGAGGAGUUCCUGAAGCAGCUCAAGGAGAAAUACUGCAGCAGGGUGAAGAUGGAUUUUUGUGAAAGAGGUUUGUCCACCAGGAGGCAGCAGAGCUCCGUGUUUUCUCAUCUGCUCUGUUUGUCUCCACAGAAAGUGAAAUCCAACGGCAUCAACUCGCGUAAAAUUGACGCUCAGCUGGAGGUGAAAGUGAUUUCUUCCUGCCUGGAGGAGCUGAAGCAGUUUCCAGACAAGUUCGAGUCGGAGUUCCGGCGCCACUGCAGCGCCCUCAGGCCGCAGCCUCUGUGGACCGAGUAUCACAUAACCUACAUCAACAGCUUCGCCUGUUUACAGCAGCACAUGGAGAGCUACCAGGACACCUGUCCAGGUGAGGUGGAAGGCUUCAAGAAGGAGGUGAAGGGGCUGAAUGUCAGGCUCAUGCAGAGCCUGGAGGACCAGUUCAAAGACGACGUAAAGCCGUACCUGAGGAGAAUGAUGACGAGGAAGUGGCUCACCAACGACGAAGACUUCGAGCAGCUUUACCGUCGGACGGAGCAGCUUUCCCAGCACUGCGCCCUAAUGAGGCCUCCGCACGUCCAGACGUUCACGAGUCGAUUGCACUUGCAUGUGGUGAAAGAAUACGUCGGUCAGCUGAUGAAGGGUAACUACUCCUGCAAGAACCGGAAACACGAGAAGGCGGCGGCCAAGAUCCGUCAUCAGUGGAAUCAGCUCAGGGAUCUGUUUGAGGACAUGGAGUCGCCUCACGAGUGGCUUCACUCUGUAGGAGACGACCUGAGCAGCAUCAUCGAACAGAAGAACAAGACGGACAUCAAGAACCAUCUGCAGCCUUUAGUGGAGCACUACCCAGACAUCAGCAGGAAGCACCUGGUGGCUGUUCUGUACUUCAGAGGUUUGCUGAGAGGCCGAGAACACCAGCGGAUCCUGCAGAGACUGGCGGCGCUGAAGAAGGAGCUGAACGUCGACAGCAGCGACAAGAGCCGGUUGUUGUUUGGAGACAUGCAGGUGACGGUGAACACCGACUGUCUGUCCACCGUGCCGUCCUGCUUCAGCUUCCUGCCGUCCUCCAACUGACCACGCUCCCACCUGAAGCGCUGCUGUGAAGCUGACUGUUUCGAUUCUGAGUCUUGGUGGUUUAAACUCGACACACGUGAGUCUGAAGGAUCGGUCUGGUGAUGCUUUCUGUCGCAACAGUGAACUUAUCCGUGAACCAGAGUGGUGUUCACCCAGCGCCUGAUGUGAGUUCCUCCUCUGCAGCACGAAGCUUCACCGUUGCUCAAUAAACUUUCGAACGUGAGUCACGCGGUUGCACAAAGUUUCUCCACUGCAGUCGCUCACGAGAGCAGCUAACGGAUUCAUCAGCAGCUGUUUUAUAGACUCAAACCAUUGAUUUGUGAGCUGGUGGAACCAUCGUGAUGCUGCCGUCGCUCCUCUGCAGCAAAAUCACAUUAUGCAAAUGUACGUUUGGAAACUUUAAGGGUGUGUUUGCUGCAACGUUCCCACCAGAAAGUCAAGUCCAAGACGAAUGGAAGCUUUAGCGCUAUUUAGCCUCCCUGCUAACUGGUUUCCUAAAAGUUCUAAUAAUGUUCUCAAGAAAACAUCUUAUUUUAAAAAAGGAAUUCAUUUCAGAUAAUGUUCCUCAGAAGUCA